AUGGUGUUUGAGUCAAUUGUAGUAGAUGUACUGAACCGAUUUCUCGGAGAUUAUGUGGAGAAUUUGAAUCGAUCCCAAUUAAAACUUGGAAUAUGGGGCGGCGAUGUAGUAUUAGAAAAUUUGAUACUAAAACAGAAUGCCCUGGAAGAACUUAAUAUUCCAGUUCAAACUGUCUAUGGACAUUUGGGAAAACUUGUACUUAAAAUACCAUGGAAAAAUCUAUACGGAGCAUCCGUGGAGGCGACGAUAGAUCGACUAUUCCUGAUCGUCAAUCCGACUGCUGAAAUUAAAUACGAUGCCGAGAAAGAAGAAAAGAUGGCUUUGGCCUCUAAGCAGGCAGAACUGGCGAGGGUUGAAGAAGCGAAGAAACGGGAAGCAGAGAAAGAUCAAAAUAAAUUAGACGAGACUUUUGUUGAGAAGCUAGUGACGCAAAUAAUUAAGAAUGUACAGCUUAAAAUCACAGAUAUACAUGUCCGUUACGAGGACAGUAUAACGAAUCCGAAAGCUCCAUUCUCUUUCGGUAUAACUCUGCAUAAUCUCUCCGUCCACACAACCGAUGAGAAUUGGAAACAGACUGUUAUACAGGAAGCUGUCACUAAAAUUUUCAAGAUUCUCAAUUUGGAAGGAUUGGCUAUAUACUGGAAUCCAGCAACGGAACUUUAUUCAAAGAGCAGCCCGAACGACAUACGCCAACGACUACAAAAUGAGAUUGCGACUAAAACAUCUCAACCGACUUUCUAUAAAUAUGCUUUGGGGCCUAUAAAUGCUACGGCAAAGUUGAAGUUGAAUCCCAAACCAGAAGGCGAUACUCCAAAGUUUAGUAUUCCAAAAGUUAUAUUAAGUCUCCACAUGGAACAGCUGUCAGUGAGUUUGACGAAGGCUCAGUAUCAAGAUAUGAUGCUAUUAGCUGACUCCAUGGAUAGGAUGGCUAAAGGCGUACCUUACAGAAAAUACCGUCCAGAUGUUAAGAUAUAUAAAGGUCAUUACAAAGAAUGGUGGCAUUUCGCUUACAAGUGUAUAUUAGAGGAAGAAGUACGACGCCAACGUAGGAAUUGGGAAUGGACACACAUGCUUUCUCAUAGGCGACUAUGUAAGAGCUAUGCGACCGCUUAUCAAGCUAAACUUAGCAACAACGGAAAGGUGUCUACUGAGUAUCAGUGUGUGCUGAAUGAGGCGGAGAAAAAGCUUGAUUUGUUUAAUUUGGUUGUUAUUAGGCAAAAAAUUGAGAUGGAGGUUGAAAGACUAGGAAAACUCGAAGCAGAAGCGAAUAAAUCACGAGGCUGGUUCAGCGGAUGGUGGGGAGGUGGUUCCAAAUCGGAAGAGUUGGCUGAGAGUACCGCCAUAAUGAAACAAUUCGAGAAGGCGAUGACCCCAGAAGAGAAAGAGAAGCUUUUCCGUGCCAUAGAUUACCAGGAAAAUUCGGCACCCCUCCAUUUACCAACCGAAUAUGUGGCAAUAGAGAGCCAUUUCCGUUUAGAUCGACUACAAGUGGCGGUAAACGAUGAAGCUGAAGUGCUGAAGGCUUGUGUCGAUAAUGUUAUUGUAGAUAUGAAACAGCGCCCUAGUGCUAAUGCGUUAAGGGUCGAUGUUCUUAUGCAAGCAUUCACUGUAACGGGAGUGCAGCAAGGAGAUUUUGUACCACAACUGGUUGUGUCUAAGGAAGUCACUCAGUAUGUCAACCUACUUAAUGUUAUCUUCGAGACAAACCCUAUCGAUGGCACAUGUGAUCAAAGAGUAAAGGUGUCAGCUCGGCCAUUGCAAAUAGUAUACGACGCACAGACGGUCAUAGAAAUCGUCAAUGUAUUCAAACCACCCACCGAAUCUACAGCUUUGACGACAUUACAAGCAGCCGCUGAAAACAAGUUAUCGGAUCUGAAAGAAAAGUCUGCUUUAGGCAUGCAGUAUGCCGUUCAUCAUCAUACGUUCAUAGAACUAGACGUUGAUAUUGCCGCCUCAUAUAUUAUUGUUCCGCAAACUGGGAAAUAUAAUGGUGAAGAGGCUUGCGUAGUUGUAAAACUUGGUGCUAUAAGUGUAAAGUCCGAGCCUCGUUCUCAGGAACAGUUAAAUGUUCAUAAACUUUACAAGGACGGACUAGCGGACGAAGAGAUAAUGCAAGAGAUCGCCCAUCACAGUUACGACAAGAUGGCUCUCAAUCUCACCGAGAUGCAGAUCGUAAUAGCGCAGUCUAAAGAGAACUGGCAGGAGGCGAUCGCAUCACAGGAACCUACUCCUUUGCACUUACUUCAGCCGAGCAAUCUGCUAAUACAAAUACAUAAGUGCCUCAUCACCAACGAUCCGCGCUUACCCAAGAUACGUGUUCGUGGAGAAUUGGAGAAAGUUGCCAUUAGUGCGUCUGAGGAUAGAUUAUUAACACUUUGUGAAAUUAUUGUAAGCAUGCCUUUACCACAAUCUGAAGAGUCCACACAAUUGAAGCAAAGUGAGUCUAAGGGUUCAAGUUUGUCACUAUUAAGGUAUCUUGACCCGGUAGAGAAGCAGAAAAGAGACACGGCUAGAUCAAACCAAAGAAAAUCUGAUGAGCAAUCCGUGCAGCUUACCGAAGUGGAGGCUUUUUUCAUUAUGAAGGAGUUGGUGCUCAGUGUGAACCGUAAGAUAUCUCAGUCGGGUACCCACGAUAAGUUCUUGGUGUUCUCCUUGAACCAGUUGGAAUUGACUGCGGUUCAGAAGACGUUCACACUGGAGGCUACCGUUCGACUGGGAGCUGUUGGUCUGCAGCAUCACAGAGUUGGUUGUCAGCACAUAGAUAUGAUAGUAACGCCCGACGUAGACGUGCCAGGAGAGGCGAACCCGUUAGAGGCAGACGACUGGCUCUGCAAUCAGUAUCUGUUCGCCGUCACUUAUAGAAACGUGGAUAAAAAAUGUCCAGAAUUCAGAAGUCAUUACGGUUCAGUGGAACAGAUGAUAGAACUCAAUUUCGCUACAUUACGAGUUUUGCUACAUCAAGAGGGCCUUCAAGAAAUUUUGGUGGUUGUCAACGAAUAUCAAACGAGAUUACAAUCUGUUCAAAGUUCAUUCGAUCGCACCGCAAACGCAGGCCCGUUAGAAACAAUUAUGGAAGAAGAAGAAUUUAACGCGGCUAAAUCUAAAGUAAGUGUAUCAAAACCAUCACGGCGUCGACAAGUCGAAAGCAUCCAAAUGAAAGUGAACGUUAAAAUAGACGCCAUAGAGAUAUGUUUCGCAACGGAUAGGCGGCCGCUUUCCAGCGUCCAACUGAGAGGUGCCACUACUGGACUGGUUAUGAAGAGUUCAUAUAUGCAAUUAGACUGCACUAUUGGCUCCAUCACCGUGGAGGAUCUUAACCCUGUCACCAUUCAUAAAGAGAUACUGAAAGUGUUGGGCGGUGACGUCAUCAACGUUCAAGUGGUGAUGUUCAACUUGGACCAGUAUCCGUCGGAGAGCGACGUUAACAUGUCCAUCGAUGCUCAGAUCAACUGUCUUAGGAUAAUAUUCCUCAAUUGGUUCGUCAGUUCAAUGCUGGAAUUUCUCAAUAACUUCCAAACAGCCCAGCAAGCUAUUAUAGACGCUUCAUCUCAGGCGGCGGACGCUGCGCGUGCUAAUGUACAAAAUGCGUACCAGAACUCAACCAAACUGGCACUCAAGAUUAGACUUGCGGCCCCUAUUAUAAUCGUACCGGAAAACUCGCAGAGUCGUAACGCUAUGCUAUUGGAUUUAGGUAGAAUGACGCUGAACAACAAAUUCAUCGACAUACAUGCGCCUGAUGUCUCCAACAAAGUUACUGUGGACGAACUGACUCUCGAACUGGAGGACAUGAAAGUGUCAUGUGUUCACCUGGAAGAUGCGCAGACUAGCAUCAGUCAAGAGAGGAAGCUGCUGAGACCGAUUAGUUUCAAUCUGCUCGUAAAAAGAAGCCUCUCUACGUGGUACGAGAGUCUACCAGACUUGGAUGUAUCUGGACGGAUAAAGACUAUAGCCAUUACAGUAGGGCACAGUGAUUAUAAAAGUAUAAUGAAGAUUCUAAAUCAGAAUCUCCAAGAAGGUCAGACUAAAUCAGAGGAGACCAAAGCCAAAGAGAAUGUGCCUAAGACGUCUUCCAAAACUGCAGUCAAAUAUCAGACCCAAGGAAGUAAAGUUACAGCAAAGUCCACAGUAGCCCUAAUUACACCGAAAGAAACUAAACAGCCUAGAACUACAAUAAAGUUCUCAUUUACGAUGGACAGUUUCGUCAUCGAUCUGUUGAAUACAGUGAGCUCGGAGGAGAUGAUAUUCGUGAAGGAUGUGGAGUUAGCGAGGUUCUGUUUGGCUUUGCUAUCAGUGAAGGGGCGGAUGUUCUCAGAUGGAUCUAUGCACACAUCACUAUUGCUGGUGGAUUGUACGCUCGACGAUACCCGUCCCGGGCGCGGUGCGAAAAUCACCAGGUAUCUAGAACGUCGCCACAAAAGAGCCGCGUCAGUGACAAGCCCUACUACCGAUGAAUCUACUGAUGCCAUAAUGGAAGCGACUGACAAGAUUCGCAGUAUGAUCGACAUAACAUACACACUGAAGAAUUCUGAUACUUUCAUCGAUAUGAGAAUAUUCAGCUUCAAUCUGAUACUGGCAAUGGAUUUCUUGAAUAAAAUAGCGGAAUUUAUGACAACUGGGAUGGCAGAAGACUCGCCGGCUGUUAAAUCUGACAAGGAAGAAAUCAAAAUUGUUAAAUCGACUGAGAAAUCUUUGGAAAGUGUGCAUAAGAAGAAAAUCUCAGUGGCUUCGGCACCAUCGGUGAGUGAGCCGCAGAAGGUGUCAAUGAUGACGGUUAAUGUGAAGAUUGAACAGCCAGAUAUACUACUUGUCGAGUCACUAGAAUCGAAGAAAUGCGACGCACUUGUAUUGAACAUGGAAGCCCGUUUCAAAUUGCGCAAGACAUCGGAACGCAUGGUGGCGGAUGGCGGUAUAUCGGGUCUACAGGUGGUGAUCAGGACGCUGGGACAUGCAGAAUGCGGAACGCGUUACUUGUUGGCACCCGCCCAUCUGUCACUCGCACUCUCGCAGCCGCCCUCUAGCGGCAUGCACGUCGAUAUAUCAGUUUCGGACAUCAAGAUCACCGUCUCACCUGAUAUUAUAGCACUGUUAAACCGUGUUAUGGCAACUAUCACGAGCACUGAAGAAGAUACUACGGAGCAAGAGAAUAAGGCCCUAUUCUACAAGGACCUAUGGACUGUACAGUCCUUCAGGCCUAACUCCUAUUGGUUUCUUAAAACAGAAGAGGCUGAAGAAGCGUUAAACGUAGAAUCGUUGACGGAACUAUCAGAAAUUCCACCUCCAUCUGGCGAGAUUUGUCUACUAUCCAGCCCCUCAAUUGUAGUAUCAUUUGAAAUGGACAUUGGUAAUGAAACCAUACCAGUGUUGGUGAUGCAAGCUUCACUCAAUGGUCAACUCAAAGACUGGAGCUCAGAUUUCUAUAUGGAGUCGACAUGGGCGAUGCAAGUGUCUUAUUAUAAUAUUGGACGUGCUGUGUGGGAACCGCUUAUAGAGCCUGUGGAAGUACUCAAAGACUCCCAGUACAAGCACGUGCCGUGGGAACUGAAGAUGGAGGUAGUGAUGCGCGCCCAAGAGACUACAUCUUCAAUAGACACGACAGAUGAGGCGGCAAAUAUUCAAGCUGUGGCCCAACGUCAAGCCAACAAAACCGUCACCAUAUCGAGUAGUGAACCACUCGAAAUCACCAUCACUAGGAGUGGAAUGGAGGUGCUUACGCAAUUAGGCAACUCAUUUUCAGCUGCCAUAGCUGAUACUACAGUUUCGAAGUCUAAAGCAGAUGGUUCUCAUUCGAAAUACUUCGGAGCACCAUAUGUCCUACACAACUGUACUGGGCUAACUGCCAAACUGAUGUUGCAAGAUAAUCACGACUUCUCCGUCUUCCUUACUGAUGAAUACGUGGCUUCUGACUAUCGGGAAGUUGUAUUAGAGCCGGGAGCAAGCGUGCCUUUACAAUUAAAACAUGGUGGUCUCAACUUGAUGAAAUUGAACGAGCCACCGCCGCCGCUCAAGUUAAAUGUCCAGAUUGUAGAAAUGGAUGAAGAAGUCCGCAUACCUGUCGAGCGAGCGGAUAAGCGUUACUUCGCUCUGGGAAGAAAACAAGCAGGCGGAACGCUUGAGAGGAACGUACCUCAUGUGGCAGCUGCCGAACCGAGAGGACUUAUAUCCGACAUCGUCAUGCAAGAGGCUGCGUUACAAAUCUAUCUUAGGAGCGUUGUACAGGUGACGAACACCUUGUCGGUGAAUGUAUCAGUAUAUUACAUGACUUUGAGUGGUAAUGAAGUGCGUCUACUUGGCGACGUGAAGCCGGCCGGCGUGUUAAGGCUUCCGCUACAAGCUGUGCAUACACCCACCGCCGAAAUAUUCUUCUCCGUCGAAGGUUUCACUGUGUCCGUGUCUCCAUUCAUAUGGCGUGAGCUCCAACAGGAAGUCAAGAUCUCGAAGCUACUGCAAUGCGAUUCAAAAGACAAACAUAGUGGUGAGAAGUUCUACCUGAAGGCUAUUGGUACUAUGGAGCAAGUAUUCUACGAAAAUACCAAUAGGCACACUUUUGCAUCGUCAUGCUACGAUAUCGUUUUAAAGCCAGCUGUGAAGCUACAAAACUGUUUGCCUGUUGACAUAGUAGUCUCUCAACUUGGACUCCAGCGAACACAGACAUUCAAACCAGGGGAAAUGUUUCAUCUGUCGCAUCUCGCUCCUAAUAAGGCGUCUGUCGUAAUAAUGAUUCAAAAUUAUUUAGAUAAAUGUUGGGUAUGCACAAAGAACCUGCCUGAUACGGAGACAGAAUUGUCUGUUUGGACAUUUGAAUCUCACGACAGUCCGUCUGUGAUGAAUCUCGAUCUUGGUAUGCACAGCGUCGAUAUGGAAGGAACUCAAGUUUUAUCAUUGUAUUGUCCCUUCUGGAUGCUUAAUAAAACCGGAUUUACGCUUUGUUAUAGGAACCUCGACGAAACCGGCAACGUAAUAUUCCACCCCAAGGAUUACAAAGAACCUAUAUUGUUUUCAUUUCGAGCGAAAAACUUUUUCGGUAAAAAGAAGGCCGCAAUAAGAAUCGAGUUUGGCGAAUGGUCUGAUAAGUUCUCGCUGGACGUGCCCGGCAGUUCUGGUGUGGUAAUAUGUAAAUAUGAAGGUAGAACCUAUCAGGUGGCGGUGACAAAUCAGCUCACAUUUAAUAGUUUAACAAAAACGGUCAUAUUCACUCCGUUCUUCCUCAUAAUAAACGAGGCACCAUUUGCGAUACAGUAUCAAGAGCUCCAAAGAUCCGGUGAUCCUUGGAGAGAAGUCGAAAAUAAUUCUAGUGCCCCUCUGUGGCCAGUUAUAGAGAAGGAAGAUAAGCUCUUGUUGCUGCGAGUAGCCGGCUCCACCGAUCAUGCUCAGCCGUUCCUUUACACCGAACAAAAUAGCGUUUGUUUGAAGCUUAAUAAUGACUACGGUGGUCUCCACGUAGAGGUGCAGCUAAGUGAGGGAGGCACCUAUAUCACGAUACGUCAGUAUCGCGACGGUCACGCCCCUGCUUUGCUCGUCAACUACACGCAACUCCCCGUCACAUUAUACGAAAAGGAAAACGUCAAUGUUAAAAAAAUACCCUCUAUGAACAAAAUGUUAUUCACAUGGGACAACCCUGCCGGUCCUCGAGUGCUUAUAUUUGAAAGUCACAAGAGGAAAGAAGUCGAAAACGAUUUGAGGCAAGAUGGCAUCGGUGAAUUUCUCAUCAAUGAAACGCAGAAAGUAUACUGGGUGUCUUUCUUAGACGGGUUGCAAAGGGUGGUUCUGUUUACUGACGACCCUAUUCUCGCAAGCGGCGCUCAUACUAUUGGAGAAGCGGAACUGGUAGACACUGAGAUAGUCCUCUCGAUGCAGGGCAUGGGACUGUCGUUGGUCAAUGACCCUGAGCUCUUGGAAAUAGUCUAUAUCAGCAUAUCUCAUUCUGGCAUAAUAUGGGAGCAAUGUAAACUCGGUGCUCGACGCUAUAAGAAGAUCGAAGGUGCCAAAUUACUACAGCUGGAAGAAGCUUACCAAAAAUACUUGACGGAGAAAAUGGUCCGUGACGAGCCUGUAUCACCGCGAGUGAUAAUUGAUGAGAAGACUGAAGUUGAUUUCGAGGAGAUGCGAUUAUUAAAACCAGCUCAACGUUUACUACGACGUAAUCUGCAGCCUGGCAUGUGGGCUUCAUAUGGUCUCACUCCUCACUCGAGAAGGUUACACGCUCGUCUGCAUAGACUACAGAUUGAUCAGCAGCUACCUCUACCGACAUUCCCGGUAGUUUUAGCCCCUGUACCACCGCCGCGGUCCAUUGCGAAUGACGACCCUAAUGGUAUGAAACCAUUCAUCGAGGUAUCCAUAGUAGAACGCAUUAUGGAACAUAGUAAAGUUCGUCAGUACAAAUACUUCAAGGUACUCAUUCAAGAGUUCCACGUUAAAAUUGAUAUGGGACUGGUCGAUGCGCUUAUGGGAAUGUUCCCACAGACUGUACUCACGGAACAGGAAGCGUUGGACGCUUUCCAAUCAGAUUUAGAUAAAGCCGGGCAGCCACUAGAGGCACUAGCUGCAUUGGGAGUAGCAUCGGAUCAAAAGAAUUUCUAUGACAAUUUACAUCUAUCUCCGCUUAAGGUUCAUGUUUCUUUUUCACUUGGAGGUGCGACGCAAUUGCCGACAUUUGUUGGCACGGUCCUUCAAAGUAUUGGAGUCACUCUAACCGAUAUGAAUGACGUCGUGUUUAAGUUAUCGUAUUAUGAACGCAAUUACGAGUUCCUAUCCCAAAAAGAGUUGGUAGCACAAGUACAGAGCCAUUAUACCGGGCAGGCUUUGAAGCAGUUGUACGUUUUAGUACUUGGACUGGAUGUUAUAGGAAACCCAUAUGGGCUUGUGAUUGGCUUAAAGAAAGGCGUGGAGGAUCUCUUCUACGAGCCAUUCCAGGGAGCUAUUCAAGGACCUGGCGAAUUCGCAGAAGGUUUGUUCCUUGGUGUGCGGUCUUUGGUGGGACACACUGUGGGCGGGGCCGCAGGCGCCGUGUCCCGCAUCACAGGCGCUAUGGGACACGGAUUGGCUGCGCUCUCUCUGGACAAGGAUUACCAGAGAAGACGGCGUGAUAAUAUUAACAAACCGCCUGCAAAUCUACAGGAAGGACUCGCUCGCAGUGGGAAAGGACUUGUUAUGGGCGUGGUAGACGGUGUAACCGGAGUGUUCACCAAGCCCAUAGAGGGCGCUCGUGAGGAAGGCGUGGAAGGCUUCUUCAAGGGGCUGGGAAAGGGCGCCGUGGGAUUGGUCGCGCGGCCCACAGCUGGAGUUGUCGACUUCGCAUCCGGCUCAUUAGACGCUGUCAAAAGAGCGGCAGAUCUUUCUGAAGAGGUAACAAAACGGCGCGCAGCUAGAUAUCUACCUGCUGAUUCAGGAGUCAGACCCUAUUCUCGACUUCAAGCGGAAGGAUACAAGAUGUUAUUUGAGCUAGAAAAGGGCAAGUUUGUCAGCACGGAUAUGUACGAGGCCCACGUUUGGGUAAUACCUAACAAAGAAGUGGUAAUGUGUACAGACAAGAGACUUCUAUAUCUCGAGCGUAACAACGUGUUUGGUGGGUGGCAGAUCGUGUGGACAUACCUGUGGACUGAGAUACCCGAUGUGCCAACAGCCGUCAACAAAGGCGUUUACAUACCCACUGCCAAGAAGAAGGUGCUAGGAAUGUUCCCUACCUCCGGUUCAGGGAAAGUUAUAUUUUUGUAUGACGAGCAAGAGAAAAAGUAUCUACUUACUCAGUGUGAACGUCUGAUGCGUUCGGCCCGUUGACAUGAGGUCGUAGAAAGAAUCACGCCCCUUGAUUGGUUGGAGCAAUUCUUUCUACUUAUAUUCGAUUAUCGCACCGCCUUGCUUACACUCGCAUAUCAUUUUAACUUGCACCAUAUAAGCCCCAAAGGUUUCCGCUGAACAAUUUCUGUGCUUAAAGUUAAUGGACAUUCACUGAUUUAUGUUAUUUUUACUUGUGUUAGUCAGUGAGCAUAUUCUGUUUUAUAAUCUGAGUACAUUAGUAUGGAAUUGAUUUAAUAGAAAUCCCUUGAGAUAUAAGAUUACGUCCACCGUUUAGGUAUUUUAAAUGUUAACAUCGUGGUAUUCUGCAACAUUUUCCUUUUAGUAAUUUUGUUGACAUUUUUGAUAAGACGAUGAUAUUAUAAUUUUAUUUUAUAUUAGUUUAUAUCCCAAAAAAUCAAAAAUAUACUAAUGAUUUCACAUUACGGAUAGUCAAAUUAUUUGUUACCUGUUGUUGCCAAAACUUACAAACACUCAUGUUUAUCUAGUUUCGUAUCUGAACCUCAAGAUGGGCUACAUUAACAACCAUUAGUUUUAAGUGAGACGUUCAAUUUAAAGAAAGCAAGUAAUAAUAUAAUAUACAAUUUGAGUUAUUCAUGAGAUAACUUAUGUAGCUCGGUGGCGUAGAGCGCCGCUGCCCACGAUCGUUGUUGUUAAGCAACUUUCGCAAAGAGUCGGUCACGGGAUGGGUGUACGGGAUGGGAUGGGAUGGAUGUAAAAGUAUAGUAGUUGUUGAAGUCUAUAUAGAAAAAUUAUUCUCAGCCCAUCCUCCUUAACCAUCCAUAAGGAAGGCCCGAGCCCCUGCAAUGGGGACGUAAAAGGGUGGUGAUGAUGAUGGUGAUUAGAUAACUUGAAAUUGUCGGCAGAGCAAAUUAAUUUCAGAAUGUCUUGUCCAGUUUCUUACUCCAGUUAGUUAAAAAUACUCUCGACAGGUACUUAAUUUUCGGGUAGGCAAACAUAACGUAUGGUAUUUAUUAUCAAUAAUAAAUUAAUUAUUUGGUGUGAUUUAAAAAGGAAUACUUAACUCAUAACUGGGCAGAACGGACAGACAGUAGACUAUCCCGAUUAAAUUAAUAUGGUCUUGGUCACAUUAGGCAUAUAGUCCGAUAUAAAUAUACAAUAUGUCGCCGUUGUAAUUAUAUAUAUAAGACUAAUACUUUGUAAGUUUUUACAAUAUUUCAGUCUUCCGUUACAAAAAACAAGCAACAAAACUGAUACAUAAUACAUAGGCCUUGUAAUACUCUAAUAUUUGAUAUAAUUUAUAAACUUAAUUAUGUUUGUGCUUGUUAUUUUUAUUGUGUGUAAUCUAUGUGCUGUUAUUAUAGAAAGGUACAUAUAAUACAUAUUAUGUAAUCUUUUCAAGGAUUGUUAACGUGUUUGUUUUGAAUAUUGAUGAUACACUGAAAGUACAAACCUUAUUGUUGAAAAAGCGUUAUUAAAUUGUGUUACUUUGAUGUAAAAGUAUAGUAGUUGUUGAAGUCUCUAUAGCCUUUAUAUCAACUGAUGUUUUUGUUCUCGUACCAGAAGGUUCCAAUUUGUGCCUUAAUGCGCGUGGUUUUUCUGUAAAUCUCAAUAAGAUAUAUAUGUUUGUUGUAAAAUUAUUUUUACUAUUUCUUUGCUUCUCUAAGAAAAGCUAAUGUAGAGCUUCGCCUGGUGCGCUAGCGACUCGCAAAUUGAUAUUAUACUUUUGAGUUUUGUAAACGCAUUUUAUUUAUGCAUUUAUGCAAACUUUAGAUUUUACUCGUUGCACAAUUUAUAAUCAUAUAACUGUUUUGUAUUGUUCAAGCUUCUGUAUGGUCGAUUUAUAAAUAUAAGAAUUAUAUAAUA